AUGGGAAAGACGUCCAAGACCGAUAAGAAUGCUGAACUGAUUAAAAAAACAUCUCGUUUGUUAAAACACGAGAGAUUAAAUAAUAAACAAAAAGAAGCAUAUGCGUUACAUAGUAAAAAAUUAACAAAAUAUAAACGUUUACCCAUUCAUGUAUAUAGUCGUAAUGCACAAUGGAGUAUUGAUUUAGCAGAUUUGAAUAAUAUAGCAAGAUUUAAUAAUCAAUAUCGCUACCUGCUUGUGUGUGUCGACAUUUAUUCUCGUUAUGCCUUUGUACGACCAUUAAAAACGAAAACGGCUAGAAAUGUAGCACGUAAAUUUGAAGAUAUCCUGAUAAAAGAAAAAGAGAUUCCGUUAAAAAUUCAAAGUGAUGAGGGAACAGAAUUUGCAUUGAUAAGAAGGGAUUUGUGUAAAAAAUAUGGUUUUACACUUUUUCACACUUACAAUCGGGAAACAAAAGCCGUACAUGCUGAGCGAUUUAUCGAAACCCUUAAACAAAGUAUUAUGCGUUCAAUGACAGGAAUAGAUAAAGGUUAUCGAUAUAUCGAGAAUUUAAAAUCGGUCGUUGAGCGGUAUAAUGAAGCCCCGCACAGGGGGAUAUAUAAUUUAACACCCUUUGAUGUAUAUAAACGGGGUAAACAACCGGAUACAUAUCGAAGAUUAAAAACGAUAUUGAGUGAUAAUCCAAAACCUGUACGUCUAUUAAAGCAAGGUCAACAUGUACGUAUCGCACGAAUAAAAAAUAAUGUUUUUGAAAAAUCUAGUUUGAGACGCUGGGUGAAAGAGAAAUUUCGUAUUAAAAAGGUGUACAUAUCCGAUCCGGUUACGUAUUCGCUUGAGGACCUGCAGGGUGAAGAAAUCACGGGAAUAUUUUAUCGCAGCGAAUUACAAGUAAUAUGA